AUGGAGAUUACUCUUCUCUUAUUCUUGAGUAUUGACGAGAUGCUAAAAGAACAUAGAGCUGAUAUAGAAGAAAUACUCAAAAUGAUCGAUGAAAAAUUGGAAAAAUUAAAAGAAAAAGAAAAGAAUAUUAUUGAUGUGAAAGAAGAUCAUGUUAGUUCUUCUGGCGAUGACAUUCUGGAAAUCAAUAUGAUGGACCAUACAUCGGGAGCGUAUCAAGACGACAUGAUGCUAACGGAGUUGGAUACCCAUCUGGAAGACGACAAAAACGCCAAGCACUCCUCGACUUUGGAUAUCCCAAAACAACAUGGAGGAAAGGAGUCUACUAUUUCUUCCACAGCAAUGCGACUCCAAAAGUUCAAACUGUUUUCAAAAAAGGUGACCAAAUGUGGGAAAAUUACACAUGUAUCAACUUCCGCGAAGAUGAAAACCGAAGAGAAAAACGCAAAAUUCAAGUUUUUGUUCAAACCGGUUGUUGGUUCUACGUCGAUAGAAUUCACAGACCGCAACAAGAACUAUCUCUCAGGAAAGGUUGGUACAGCUGCUCACGAAAUAGGUUAUGCUCUUGGAUUUUUGCAUACUCAAUCAAGACAGGACCGCGAUAGCUUCAUCAGAUUGGACACAGAAAAUAUUACGGCACCAAACGAGUCUCGGGUUGAAGUUAAGAUCGAAAGCUUCACACCAGGGCAUGCAAUUGAUGGCUGUCCUUAA